AUGUCAACUAAAGCCAAAAGAUUAAAGAACCUCAUUGAUACAGUGAUAUGUGAAGCUAAAUUCGAAUAUACAUCAUACCUUCACAGGUUGGAAAAACUGAAGAUGGAAAUUUAUGAACGUCAUGUCAUCAUAGAGAAGUAUGAACAUAUAUCAGAUCAGUCGGCAAACAAAGCUCUACGUUUCCCUUUGAUUUUUAAGAAAACCAAUGCCCUCAAUGUAAAAGAGACUCCGCGUUUUACACAACAUACCAUGUUCUGCGUGACCAACGAAAUCCACAUCAGGGAUAUGAUUAAAUACCUGAGUGGAAUACAAAUCAUUGAGACGGUAAAAAGACAAGUGAGAAAUGAUUCUCUUCUGCAUCUGAAGUAUACACCCGUGUUUCACACACAUGUUACGGUGGCAGGUGUUAACAGUGUAAAUCACAUUUACCAUCUUACAUCAGAUCGGGUUUGGAUCAGUGAUGAUAAAAAUCUUAUUUUGACGUCGACGAAUACAAACGGUGAUAUUUUGCAUCAUCUUUCAGAUAUAUCUAGUAAUUAUGCAGAUGUACACACAGUGAACGAUACCUUUGAUCUUAUAUACAUAGGUAAGAAUAAACACAUUAACAAAUUAACUAAUGACAAUCAAACAAACAUUAUACUUAUAAAGACACCAAAGUCAUGGGACCUACAGUGUGUUUAUUUCUCCUCCUUAAAUGGAGAUCUACUGGUCGGGAUGUGGAAUAUUGAAACUCUUAUGGAAGGCAUGGUAACAAGAUAUGAUAGUGUAAUGAAUCAGGGUUAUUCCAAUCAGUAUAACAAGGGAUGUUAG